GUCUGUACUUUCUCCAAUAAAACUCUCAGUGUUUUUGGCUAACAACGGUUCCAGACUCCUUCAUUCUACCUCAACAUUGCAACAACAGAAGUUUACCUUCACAAAGACAACAGAGUGGAACAUUGAUCCGCCUAUGUUUUCCUAAAUGUAACUCACAGCUCAUGGUGGGUUAACUUCUUUCCAUUCUUUUGAAGAAAACAGGUCUGAAUAGAAAAAUAUCCGAUUUCAGGAGUUUUUAUAAAAAGGCUUUGGACCUCCAGAGUGAACAACUACAUGGUUUGUUUUGCAGUUUAACUCACAUCAUGUCAGGGACUCUGGUGUCAUCGCUCUCUCUCAGCAGGACAAGUUGUUUGUUUGCUCCACUGUAAAUAUUAGGGACAAAUUACAAUGUGCGGUGGUCAUUUGCAUGUGUUUUUUUGAAAACAAAAUGGACUGCAUUUUAAUAACCUGAUCAAAUGUUCUUGAUAAUUGCAUAUUAAAUGAUGUUAGAAACUGUCAAUCUUAGUCUUGGUGUUUUCUGAGAAACACAGAGACCAAGCAGGAUGGCUGCAGGUUGUUGAAUAUAUUUGCAGGACAUAUGGUGAACAAUGGAUUUAUUGUUUGACAUUUUGUUGAUUUGUAUCUAUAAUUUUGGAUUCGUCAUCCCAAAUCAAUCCUUAUAAGAUGAUUGUCAGGAAAUCAAUUAAGGAUAACCUUAACUGAAUUAGUUAUUUGGCCGUUACAGUAGGGAUAAUAUGCAGGUGUUUCUUACGUUUUACGGUGGGUUUAUGAUGUCAAACCAUGUUGUUCAAGCAUUGUUUUGAGUUUAGAUUAGACAUUAGACAUUGAGCUCAGGGUUAAGAACAUCUCACGUAGACAAGCUCCAGCCACAACUGUAACUCACUGCUGACAUCAUCCAAGCAGCUUGUUUUACGAAGCAAGUCCUGAUCAAAAAUGGAGAUUCUUAGGAAUUUAUAAUAUUAGUCGUUGAGAUUUGAAUUUCCCCUGGAAGGGGAAAACGUUUGUUCAACAUUGGCUGUGCAAUCUUUUAUUGUGGUGGUACUUUAUAGACCACACUGAGUUUCACCAUAAUCAACAUGGUUUAAUUAUAAAUGGAAUUGGCUGUGGUACGAUACAAAUUGUCACCUCUGUAUGACGGUUGCAAAAUAUGUCCAAGGUCUUUGGUGCACCAGACAGAGCAGGCAGUGGAGUGAAACUAAGGGGAGGGACUGAGCUCAGCAGGAAGCUUGAAGUCAGUCUUAUUUCAAUGAAGUCUGAGCUGGUGUCUGCUGCCUGCCUUUAUCUCUCCUGUGAGGGAGAUAUGCUCUUACUAAGCCAGCUGAGGACUAACCACAGCAGCUGCUACAUGAUGCUCGGCAGGGGGAAUUUAACUUUUUUCAGGAGUUGGUUUUAAGGUUCAAACUGUUUUUUUCAGAUUUAACAAUGUUGCCCAGAAUUAUUUUAUGUGCACUUCUAUCCGUUUAUUGCUCUGGACUAGAAAUGAUAGCGUUAAGAAAAGUUGUUUCUAGACUUUAACUGCGUUUGAAGGACAUAACAAUGAAUAAUCAAUCGAUGACAGGGAGGACAAUGGUCCCGACCAUUCCUUCCAUAAUGUUUAUUUUCGGAGUGGUUGGAAAUAUCAUCGCCAUCGUAGUUCUUUGCAAAUCCCGCAAAGAACAGAAGGAAACCACGUUUUACACGUUGGUGUGUGGACUGGCAGUGACGGACCUGCUGGGCACACUGCUGGCCAGCCCGGUCACCAUAGCCACUUAUGUGAAAGGCUCGUGGCCCGGAGAGGACCCGUUGUGCCAAUACUUUGGAUUCACCUUGCUCUUUUUCUCCCUGUCGGGGCUCAGUAUCAUCUGUGCCAUGUCCGUGGAGAGAUACAUCGCUAUAAACCAUGCCUACUUCUACAAUGACUAUGUGGACCAAAAACUGGCGGGUUUGACUCUCUUGGCGAUCUACAUCUCCAAUGCAAUCUUCUGCGCCCUGCCGAUUGUCGGCUUUGGACAGGUGAAGAAACAAUACCCGCAGACUUGGUGUUUUUUAGAGUGGAGGAGCAACACGACCAGCGAUGCAGCCUACUCCUACACGUACGCGGGCUUCAGUUCUAUUCUGACCCUCGCCACUGUUAUCUGCAACGUGCUGGUGUGCGUGGCUCUGAUUCGGAUGCACCGGCGAUACGUGCGCAGGAUGUCGCUGGGAACCGAUCUGGGGCGCACCGUGGAGCCGCCGAGGAGAGGACGCAGCUUUGGACGUCUGGCCGGUGCAGAGAUUCAGAUGGUCAUUCUGCUUAUAGGCACUUCGGCAGUGGUGCUUAUCUGCUCCAUCCCUCUUGUUGCUCAGGUGUUUUUGAACCAGCUGUAUAAAACUCCAGUGGAGCUGCGUCUGGACAAAAACCCUGAUCUACGAGCGAUAAGAUUUGCCUCCUUUAAUCCCAUUCUUGACCCCUGGAUCUACAUCCUGCUCCGCAAGGCCGUUCUCCUCAAACUCAUUGAGAAAAUCAAGUGUUUAUUUUGCAAGAUAGGAGCACGGAGGCAACAGAGACAGGGAAACCUACACAUAGACGCCCAACAACUCUCCUUGGUCAUUUCUAACCAGGUCUCAAAGUCGUUGGUUUCCCACGACCUGAGAGACUUCACCAGCAGCUCCCAGACCUUCCUCUACCUGCCAGAGGGAAGUGAAGUGUACAAAGGAAGCUGCCAUAAAUCAGACACACCCUCUGGUUCACAACCUUCAUCAGUCAGAAACUCACAAGCAUCUUAUUCGUCUGAGCAGGGCAGCGUUGAGGCUCACAGUAGAGAAGGGACACAUGUAAUCAGGGACCUUUCAGCUCUGCCAUGCCCAAAAGACACAACACUUCAGGUGUCGUUGAACACACAGACAGUGGGAGGAAAAAUGCAUCUGACUUAACUCUGAAUUAGGAAAAAACUCUAAAUUCACUCUGAGUGAGACUGUCUACUCAAUGGCUUCUCCAAAAGUGAACUUUUAAAUCUCUGAAAAAUGAGGCACAGAAAGAAAAUAAAUGACUCUUGUGAUGCGGUGGCAUGAAGUGAGAAAGGAAGUUACACUUGAAGUGCAGUGAGCUUUAUUCUCCGGUUGUUUAUUCUCUGUUUCAGCAUCUACCUCAAGUGACCAUCUCUGACUGUAUGAGCGAUUUGUCGUUUUGCCUAAAAUGUCGUUCUUACAGACAUUACCCUCACCUCAUGACUCACGAUUCAGUGAUGGAAUAUAUCUUUCAUAAUUUCAGCUAUAUUAAAACCUAUAACUGUGACACACAGUAAAUGGGUCCAGUUAAAUCAUUGAGUCACAGGCUUGUGGUUAAUAUGAUACAUUUAAACAGUAUUGAAUGUGAGUAAUCACUGGCAUGUGUGCUGCCAUUGUAAUUUAUAUAUUUAACCAACUCUAAUGUACAGCGCUUUUUGAAGGACAUGAGUUAGUUCCAUGACUAAUAUACAGUGCAGUAUUAUUAUGUGGCAAACCCUUAGGAUGUUGUUCCUAAGCCCUGGAAUACACACACAUAGUCAUCUAAAACUAGGAAAACUUUUUUUCCCAUCUUACAAUUAGGCUACAAUGAUUCACGUAACACUUAUCUCUCCCCAAAGCUACAGAAAAUGUGUUAACCUGUGACAGAUGUUGCGUUAAUGUUGAGUUAAGCAACAUCUGAUAUCAAACAUAUUUCAGCACACUUGUCAGCUUGAGAGAAAAUGUGUUGUAGAUGAUUGAUGUUGUGUAAAAUAUAGUUUGUAAUAACAUUAUUCUUCUCCAUGGAGAAGGUUAUAGUUGAUAAAUCACACGCCUCAAGGGACUGUCCACACUAAGGAUGUGUUUGAUCAGAACACUUUUUCAUGAAUUUCUAUUUUCAGCACAAACAUCCAGAAAAUCAGGGCUUUACAAAAAGUUUCAAACACUUAGCUACAAUCAUUUUCAUUGGCAGAUAUCUAUCUAUCUUCACUCAAAUGUUGGGGUUAAAAAAAUCAGAAAAUUGUCAAUUUCUGUAAAACAUGUCAAAAGAAAUGUAAUGGCAGAAUUCCACUUUUUGAUUUUUCAUAAUGAUAGUCGAUUGGCUAUUUCUGUGGCUGUAUUACCACUAUACAUAUAUAUAUACAUACAAUAGACUGAACCUUUGAACGUUUGAGCUUUUUCACUCAAAUGAGCUUUAUGUCUUAGUUUCAGCAGCUUUGAGGCAAACUCUGCCUCCUUUUCCCGGUUAUCAAAUCAGCUCCAGAUUGUUGCUUUAUGUAAUGGAUAAAAUACCUGCCUUUAGGAUAAGCCACAUGAUAUUUGGCUUAAGUGACCUGUUACAAGGUCUUUAAUUUAUUUUAAAAAUGUUAUAUUUAAAUUAUGCACUUUAUUUUGUAUCAUGUAUGUAUUGUGAUGUAGAAUUAAAUCUGUGGCCACACAUUUCAUGUCUGUAAACGUUAUGUGGUUUGUGCUAGAGUUUAGCAGUAAUAACUGAGAACUUUACGAAAGAAAAUGUGUACAUUUUAUAAUGAAGCUGUAAUGCCCUUGCUAUUGUUUCACAGCAAACAUGACCUGUGACAUGUCGCCAUAUGUUAUCAACAUAAAGCGGAAGUUAAUAAUAUGA